AUGGAGAAAAGCGACAUGGAGAAACGCGCCAUCAACGGGGCUACGUACGAGCGGUACUGCAACCCAGCGCCUACUCCGGCUCCGUCCCCAAUACCCCGCCUCGAGAGGAAGAGGGCAUCCAGCAACGGCAGCCCAUGCAGAAUUCCGCCCGUCCUCCGCCUCACUAUCCCUGAGAAAGAGCAGCAGCAGAAGCAGGAGCCGCAAAAGCAGGAGCCGCAGAAGCCGGACCAGCAGCAGCAACCACCGGCGUCCGAGCUGGCGGCGGCUGUCGAUAUGGUUCGUUUCAAACCGGAGGGCGGUCGCCGCGUCUUCUUGUCGCCGUCGGCGCAGCUGCUCCUCAACAAUUACACGGACAGCUUCAAGAACAAGAAGAGUCCUCCCUCUUGA